AUGGAUGAUUUCAGAAGAAAAUGGACUCUCAAGUCUGUGACCUCAAAGCGCCUCUUCAUCGAGGCAUUGGAUGGCUGUCCGCCCAAUGUAAUCCGCCGGGUCAUACGACGUGCAGAGAGACACGCCAGUAUCUAUCGUCAAGGUGCUACUGGGCCGGUCGCUGAAUAUGCCGCAAAGAAAUACCGUUCACACCGUGCAGUGACCCAACAAGACCUAGCUCUAGCCGCAGAGGAGAAAGCACAAAAGGAUGCCGAGCUUCUCAAAACGUCUCUAAAGCCAGUGGUUGGUGGCCACAAGUUGGUCGAGACCUGGCGUCCCCCACCAUAUCUUCCCGUGAUAGAUUCCUGUUACACCAUUGCUGAUCGUAUAGUCGGUGGCGUCUAUAUCCCACCGCUACUUGCGGAGGCUAGCAUGCUCGUAUUGCAGAUCGUGGAUCAUGUCAGGAGAAGGAAACGAACGACCUUGCUUAAAACACCCUUGCUCUCCACGCUAUUUCGAGAUGGAUACAUUUAUUUUA